AUGAGCUCCACAGGCAGCCACGGCCGUGCUCCUCACGCAAGUGCAAUUGGAUUUGUGUUCAGUGGAGGAUGGAACAAAACCAAGGAAUACCACGAGCAAAAACAGAGAGCUGCCGGAAAGCCAGGAAGUGCCCAUGUAGGGCCUGCAGGUGGACAGGAACCACGAAGUGCGGUGCAGGGCCUGGAUAUUUCCUUUUGCCCAACCUCGAAUCGGGCCAAAGACCUGGUCCUAUUAGGUAUCAUAGCAAAUUACGCUGCAGUCACAGCCGAUACACUGUCUUCUGAGCUGGGCAUAUUGUCGCGAUCCAAGCCAAGUUUCAUCUUGCAACCCUGGAUUACAGUCCCUCCAGGCACAAAUGGAGGUGUCACUUUUACGGGAAUAUUAGCGGGAGGUGCAGGUGCUACCGUUAUUGGGGCAGUGUCUGCGCUGUUGCUCCCAGCUCCUGGCUCUGGAACGCUCAAGGACUAUCUUGGCCUUAUCCUGCUCACCGGUGGCUGGGGUACACUCGGAAGUGCUCUAGACAGCAUCCUUGGCGCAUUACUACAGGCAUCCGUCAUCGAUAGACGUAGUGGCAAGGUUGUCGAGGCACCAAAUGGUGGGAGAGUGCUAGUGCUUGCAAAGGAGGCAAGUACACAGCAGGCUAAAGAUAAAGGCAAUCCAAGUAGAGCAAUCGGGAGCGGCAGAGACAUACUGGACAACAACCAGGUGAACUUUGUCAUGGCGGCUACCAUGACUUUAGGUGCUAUAGGUCUUGCAUCUGUGUUAUAA